AUGAUAACACGGGUCGUUCAACGUCUUCAACGGGCCCUCGGGAUCGGCAAGGAACGGUUCUACGUUGGAAACGACUUGGCUGGAAAUAGCUACUAUGAGAAGCAUCUAAUUGCGGUCGGGCCUCGUCCCAGGCGAUUCGUAAAUUUCAAGUCGAAUCAUAACGAUCCUACCCUGUACCGUACUCACCAUUUACCACCGCAAUGGUCGGCUUGGUUAUCAUUCACCCGAAAGCACCCACCAACAAUUGAGGAACUACAAGCCGACCAGUUGCGACUUUCCCAACUUCGAGAAAAUGUCAGGAAGUUAGAGCAACAGGCCCAAGCCAGCAAACAGGGGCAAUCAACACCAGAGAACAUCUCGGCGCUUCAUGAGAACCCCUCGCUGCCAGAUCUCCGGGAGUCUAUCGAACCUGCUGGUGAUCAUGCAGAAAUGGACAGGAAACGAAGAAAAAUGAGCGAGAGCCCUCUGUCUGCCUUUACUCUUCAACCGCAAACCAAUCCUGAUCAAACUUGGCAGCCACAGUCGUGGAACCCUCAGCAAACCCCCCGGAAAUAG